UGUUUUAUGUAGUUGCAUAUUUUUCAAACAUUUUGAAUUUAUGCGAAAGAAGGAGGAUGAAAACAAAAGAGUUGCACUAUGAAAGUAAGUAAAUCCUCGCCCAAGAGGAAGAGUCGACGUGAUUCCACGACAUCAUAUAGUACCGGCAGCUGUAGUAGUAGCAGUAGCGGUUCUUCCGGCGAGAGCUCUAAUCGCAGUAGCAGUAGUAGUCCUGAGCGGAAGAAGCUCAAGAAAUCAUCAAAAGAGGACUCCGUCAACAGAAAGACAGAACGAAAACUGAAGAAACUACAGAAGAAAGAGGCUAAACGAGAACGAAAAAUUGCUAAAGAACAAAAGAAAGCUCUAAAAAAGCAGCAGAAGAUAGCACGGAAAGCUGAAAAGCAGCUGCGCAAACAGGAGAAAAAAGAAGCGAAGCGAAAUAAACAAAACCCGUCAUCCAGUCAACCCUCGGCGCCACCAGCACCGGAAGAUGACUGCGGUGUACCACUUCAGCUAAUGGACACGAAAGCCCGGGCACCGGAAACUAGAGAACAGUAUGAGGCAAGGCAAGCGGUGAUUCGACGGGUGGUCGAUCCGGAAACCGGUCGAACCAGGUUGGUCAAGGGCGAUGGGGAGAUCAUCGAAGAAUGUGUCACCAGAGAGCGACACCAGGAGAUCAACAGACAGGCAACAGCCGGCGAUGGAGCCGAAUUUCAACGGAGAACAAUUGGAUGGAAUGUAGAUUGACUUUGACAUAAAAUUGAUAUUACGCAAAAUUGACCAGAUAAUUCUUUGCCAAUAAAUCUAAAAUAUUAAAUCGUGUACAGCAAUGAUGUACAGUGCAAACUAA